AAAGCCCUAAAAACGCGGUUCGUACGCCGAAGUGACUGUGUGUCUCUGUUGGAAGAAAGCCAAAGCAAACUCCACCUCCUACUUAUCCAAAGCCAAGUACUCCGGCAAUUUGAGUGUUAAGCUGUGAAGAAAGUUCGGCGAGUGCGGUUUCCGCCGGCGAGCCCAAAUUAAAAAUAAAUAUAAAAGCGGCAAAAUGGGUCAUCUGUCCACCUCGGAGCGAGUGUGCAGCAAGACGCCGGCUAUUUCGGGCGAUUCCAGUCCUCCUUUAGUGGCCAGGAGGUCCAAGUUGGCCAACGGGGAUGCCCAGCAGCAGGUGCGACGGGGCGAGGAUUCCUCGCCGGAACUUCCGCCCCGCGCAAAGCUGCAGUUGCCCCAGAAGAGGGAGGAACCAUCGACCAGAUCGGUGAUCCCCAAGGAGAUAGCCGAACAUGUGCCAAAGGAUGCUAUCAACCUGGAGGAGUAUACCCGCACCUUCGUGGGAGAUCGCGUGCUGGGAUAUCAGUUCCAGGCUCCUCUCAAGUGGGACAAAGUCAUCCAGAUCUCUCUGCUCCACAUUGUGGCCGGAAUCUGCCUGCUGACCUAUCCGCUGCGCAACCUCAAUUUGUACACCACCAUCUGGUCAUUCUUCGUCGGUGGAGUGGCUGGAUUUGGAGUUACUGCAGGUGCCCAUAGAUUCUGGACCCAUCGGAGCUACAAGGCCAACACCGUACUGCGAUCCAUUCUGAUGGUCUGCUACUGCGUGGCGGGACAGAACACCCUGUAUGACUGGGUUCGCGACCAUCGGGUUCAUCACAAAUAUUCAGAGACGGAUGCCGAUCCCCACAAUGCCAACAGGGGAUUCUUUUUCUCCCACGUGGGAUGGCUGAUGAUGCUGAAGCACCCGGAAGUUCUGCGUCGUGGUCGCCAGAUCGACAUGAGUGACAUUCUGGCGGAUCCCGUGGUGCGGUUCCAUCAGAAGUACUUCAUCCCCCUGAAGACCUUCUUCUGCUUCAUCUUGCCCACCCUGAUCCCAGUUUAUUGCUGGGGAGAAACCUGGACUCUCGCCUUUGUACAGCAGUGCCUCUUCCGCUACGUGAGCAGCUUGAACUUCACCUGGUCGGUGAACAGUGCCGCCCAUCUCUGGGGAUCCCGCCCCUACGAUAAGCGCAUCAUGCCCAGCGAGAACAUCUAUGUUUCCCUACUCGCCAUGGGUGAGGGAUGGCACAACUACCACCACGUCUUCCCCUGGGACUACAAAGCAGCCGAGCUGGGCAACUACACGGUGAACUUCACCACCAUGGUGCUGGAUGCCUUCCACAAGCUGGGAUGGGCCUGGAACAUGAAGCAACCCUCGAAGGAGCUGGUGCGUCGCACCCUGGAGAAGUACGGCGAUGGCACCCACGCCUCCCAGAUGGGCGGACCCGAGGAGUUCAAGGACGGCGUGGUGGCCGGAGCCACCAUGGUGGGCCAUGUCCACUACGCCGAGGUUCCCGAUCCCGAUCUGGAGUACGAUGCCGAGUCCAGCAGCACGGAGAGCGCCAAGCUGGACGAGAACGAGAACGAGGGCGAAAGGAUGAAGAAGUCCAAGAAGGCGGCCAACUAGGGAUCUCGAUGGUCGGGCGAUCAUAGAGGGAUAAAGGGAUACUGGCGUCCAGUCGUCCACAGGCAUCCAGAGAUCGAGAUGGGCUCGCGGAUGGAUCACUGAUGAUGGGUUAGGAUCAUUAGGUCACUUAAUCUUGCGUCUAUGCGAGGGCGGGACAUAGUCGAUAAUCGUUUUUUAAAUUAAACCCUAUUCUAUUCUAUAUCAUUAUUCUAUUAUAUCCUCACACCAGAUCGAACCAACACACACCUGCACCGCAAUGGUUAACACUCACACAAAAGAAACACCCACAUCCACUCAUUUUCGUAUCUUCAUUUGUGUAGGUUUAGGUAUUUAGCAGAUAGCACGGUACGACAUAAGUUAUAAGUCACACACAAAAGUUUACGUAUAAAGCGACAACAACAAAAUAUAUGCUCUCCGUCCGAGACAAAUAAAAUGAAAAUAAAUAUUUACAAAUAAAAACAAUUCAAAAAAUUUAAAAAA